UAGACUUAAAAAAUUGCCGUUGUAAGAAAAACAAUAUGUUCAUCUUCCCUUUAUUAUUUGGUGCAUAUUUUGUACAUCUCGUGGGAGCUCUUCACAUAUCAGGAGGAUUGUUUGGAUAUGUGUUUGGAUUCCAGAAGAUUUGUCUCUGCAGAUGCGGCGUUCCUCACAGGUACCUGUCAGAAUAUUCUAGAACAGGUCGACUUCUCGGCGGAGAGGCCACCACCGCACAUCAGUUCCCGUGGCUGGCUGCCGUGAACAUAGCUUCCAGGAGUAUAGGCGGAUCACUGAUAUCUGAUAGACAUGUUGUGACCGCCGCAUCUCCGUUGUACGGAAAAUCUUUCAAUGAAGUCAGCGUGUCUCUGGGUGCCCACGACCGUUGCGGUGGCGGUAGUGACCCGGUUCUGAACACCAGCGUGUCGGAUAUUAUCAUACAUCCCGGGUUUUCGCCGACCAACCGGGACAACGAUAUUGCCUUGCUGAAGCUGAGGCAUGUGGUGACAUUCGGACGGUUUAUUUCGCCCAUUUGCAUGCCUCAUUACGGAGCACCGGAAUCUGGACAAGUGGCUUGGACGGUAGCAUGGACCGGCACGUCUAAAAAUGAGUCCUGCACGCCAAGAGUCGCCUCUCUGCCUGUUCUUCCUACAAGCUCCUGUUUGAAGGCCUCUGUGGACUCCCAUUUAGUGACCCCUGACAAAGGUUGCCUUGGACCUUUGGGUGCACGGAAUAUUAUUUGCGAGGCCGAUGUUGGAGCUCCUAUCAUGCAAAGACACCCUGGUUUCUCAUUCCGGCUGGCGGGCGUCGUAUCUACUUCAUCAUGUGACCGAGUCACCAGUCCGCUCUACACGAGAAUCAUAGACCAUGCUGGCUGGAUAUAUCGGCAUACCCAUAGUGACUGUCAAUGUCUUUAAUUUUUUAAAUAAUUACAAAAGCAUUUUUUGAGUCUAUGUCCAUAGGCGCUUAGGCACUAAUUGUAUACUUGUGUUAUAAUACCAAUAUUUAUCAUGAUAUAGCUUCGGUUAGAUUAUGAUUCAAACACCGGGCAGCUUACCAAUUUCAAUAUUUGUAA